AUGACAAGAAUCGACGCAAUAUGGGUAGAUCAGGAUACAGCAACAAAAAUACUUAAACAUAAAACAAAAGAUACAAUAAAACAAUUAUCAACAGACUACAAAAUGAUAAUAAUCAAAAUAGAUCCUUCAGAAUGGAUAAACAGAAAAUAUAUAGCUUGGGUAAGAAAUGCAAAUCAAAAACCAAAAAAACUAUGGGAUAUUAAAAAAACAGACGAAGAACAAUGGGAAACAUACAAAAAUAAAAUAGAGAACAAUAUUAGAAAAUUAGAAAUAGAAAUUAAAAACAAAACAAUAAAUAAUAAAUGGAAUGCUUUUAAACAAAUAAUUAUAAACGCAACAAAUAAUAACAUAACAAAAGCUAAAACACCAAAAAACAGAACAACAAAAAAUUGUCAAUGGAAAAAGCAAAUUAUAACAGAUAGAAUAGUUACUACGAAAGAAAAUGGAGAAAUAGAAAUACUAACUAGUCCUAUAAAAAUAAAAAAACAAAUAAAAGAACACAUGGAAAAAUGGAUGACAAAUUCAAAUGAAGAAACAACAGAAACACCACCAGAAUGGGAAAAGGAAUACGAACUGAAACAAGAAAUACAGAACACAAUCUUCCAAACAGUAACACAAGAAAUAUCAAUAGAAGAACUAGAAAACAUCUUAAAAGAAUCGGCAAAAAAUAAAGCUCCGGGACCUACAGGAAUAACAUAUGAAAUGUGA